UAUCCAGAUCACGUGAAUAUAUGGAGGCGGUGACAGACUAGAAGCAAACAAGGAAGGAAACAGAGUAAUGGGAUUGUAAAUUAGCAAUAAUUAUUUUUUUUUGUAAACUAGAACAUGUGUUUGUACACUAAUGGAUUUAUGUUGGAAUAUGUGCUCCCAUCAACAGUGUACAAGCUGUUUUAGUUAAGUGUAAGGGCCACCGAAUGAUUUUAGUGAGAAACGGCAAGCGAUCCCGGGUAUCUGAAAAUGUGAGUUCGGAGAAAGUGUAUGCUAACACAGACUGUAGAAAGGAUCUAGUCUGAAGCCCCAACGAUUCGACAGUGGGACGCCCUUCUUGCGUCUGAGGAGACCCGCACGUAGUAGUAACUAUGCAUGACGCGUUUGAAUCGGUCCUUAUUCUGGAAAAGCUACCCCUGCAGAUCGACUGCGUGGCAGCUUGGGAUGAAUGGAUUCUCAUUGGCACAAAACCUGGACACCUGCUUCUUUACCGAAUCAAAAAGGAAAUAGAAAGUAACCAGUUUGAGGUGACUUUAGAAAAGUCUCUUAAAAGUUUUUCACGAAAAAUCCAGCAGAUUUAUGUGGCAGCACAGUACAAGAUCCUGAUCAGCUUACUAGAAAACACUAUUAAUGUCCAUGACUUGUUGACGUUUCAGCAGAUUACAAGUCUAUCAAAAGCUAAAGGGGCCAGUCUGUUUGCAUGCGACCUGAAGUACUCUGGCACAGGGGAAGAUGUCUUACGGAUGUGCGUUGCUGUUAAAAAGAGGCUUCAGUUGUACUACUGGAAAGACCGGGACUUUCAUGAAUUACAAGGAGACUUAAGUGUUCCAGAUGUACCCAAGUCAAUGGCCUGGUGUGAGAACUCUAUCUGUGUGGGUUUCAAGAGGGACUAUUAUCUCAUAAGGGUAGAUGGAAAGGGGUCAAUCAAAGAACUCUUUCCAACAGGAAAACAGUUGGAACCAUUGGUUGCGCCACUGGCAGACAGGAAGGUGGCAGUUGGGCAAGAUGACCUCACUGUGGUUUUAAAUGAAGACGGUGUCUGCACUCAGAAAUGUGCCUUGAACUGGACUGAUAUUCCCACAGCCAUGGAUCACCAGCCACCAUACAUCAUAGCAGUGUUGCCAAGAUAUGUUGAGAUUCGGACCUUUGAACCCCGGUUGCUGGUGCAGAGCAUUGAACUGCAAAGACCUCGAUUCAUCACAUCUGGAGGGCCUAACAUUGUUUACGUGGCCAGUAACCAUUUUGUUUGGCGCUUAGUUCCUGUAUCAAUCUCAACACAGAUCAAGCAGCUUCUUCAUGAUAAACAGUUUGAGCUUGCUUUGCAACUGGCGAAAAUGAAGGAUGAUUCAGAUGGAGACAAGGCACAGCAGAUUCAGCAUAUUCAGAACCUAUAUGCUUUCAAUCUGUUCUGUCAGAAACGUUUUGAUGACUCCAUGCAGGUGUUUGCAAAACUUGGCACAGACCCUUCCCACGUGAUUGGUAUGUACCCUGAUUUGUUGCCGUCUGACUACAGGAAACAGAUCCAGUAUCCAAACCCUGUGCCAGAACUAUCUGGAGCAGAACUGGAGAGAGCCCUCCUUGCACUUAUUGACUAUCUGACACAGAAACGAAGCCACUUGGUGAAACAUCUGCAUGAUACAGAGACUGCUACCAUGUUCAUCACCUCCCCUUUGGUGGAGGGCACUCCUACAAUCAAGUCAAAGAAGAAGCUGUUACAGAUUAUUGACACUACACUGCUGAAGUGUUACCUCCAUACCAAUGUGGCACUUGUAGCCCCACUUCUGCGCUUGGAGAAUAACCAUUGUCAUGUUGAGGAGAGUGAACACGUUCUGAAGAAGGCACAGAAGUAUAGUGAAUUGAUUAUUCUGUAUGAAAAGAAAGGGCUGCAUAAAAAGGCUCUGCAGGUGUUGAUGGACCAGUCAAAGAAGGCUAAUUCACCACUCAAGGGACAUGAAAGAACAGUGCAAUAUUUGCAGCGCUUAGGGAAGGAACACUUGGGUUACAUAUUUGAGUAUGCACCCUGGGUCCUACGAACCUGCCCUGAAGAUGGACUGAAGAUUUUUAUAGACGAUCUCCUAGAGGUGGAAACGUUACCCCGUGAUCAAGUCCUGAAGUUCCUGUUGAAUGAUUUCAAGGAGCAGGCUAUUCCUUACCUGGAACAUGUGAUCAACAUAUGGGAAGACAAUGAACCUCAGUUUCACAACUGUCUAAUUCACCUAUACCGUGAGAAGGUGCAGGAUUUAAUGACAAAGUACCUUAACAAUCUUGCUGAAGAUGCUGUUCCAGUUCCAGCAGGACAAGAAGGUGGCAAAUUGGGCAAGUACAGGACAAAAUUGUUAGAAUUUCUAGAAAAAUCUGUGUACUAUCAGCCAGAAACUCUCAUCAGUGACUUCCCCUUUGAUGGUCUUUUGGAGGAGCGUGCUCUUCUACUGGGACGAAUGGGGAAACAUGAACAGGCGCUCUUCAUUUAUGUCCACAUCUUAAAUAACAUCAAAAUGGCAGAAGCGUAUUGCCAGAAGCACUACGACAGAUUCAAAGAUGGCAACAAAGAUGUUUACUUAUCCCUUUUACGGAUGUACCUUUCCCCACCUGAUGCACACUGUUUAGGACCAAUUAAGAUGGAGACAUCAAAUCCCAAGCCCAAUCUCCAGGCAGCACUGCAAGUUUUGGAACUUAAUUACAACAAACUGGAUACAACUAAAGCCAUUGACCUUCUUCCAGCCAACACUCAGAUAAAGCAGAUUCGCACUUUUUUGGAGAAAGUGUUGGAAGAAAAUGCCCAAAAGAAAAGGUUUAACCAGGUUCUGAAAAGCCUUCUUCAUGUGGAAUUCCUGCGGUGCCAAGAACAGAGGAUUUUCCAUCACCAAGUCAAAUGUGUAAUAACAGAAGAGAAGACCUGCCGGGUUUGUAAAAAGAAGAUUGGAAACAGCGCUUUUGCCCGCUAUCCUAAUGGUGUUGUGGUACAUUAUUAUUGCUGCAAAGACCGCAGUGUAUGUCCGACUGAGAGCUGAGUGGCCAUGAAAUAUCCUGAAAGAAGUGGAACCUAUCAAGAACAAAAUAGUUGCAAGAAGCUGCUGGUUUGCCACUACACAGAAAAUGAGAAAUGCUUAAAACUUCACCAGUCUCUGGAGUGGAUAAUCUGUUUAUGCACUUUACAAGUCUUCGAAGGGGCACCUUAGAGUUAAUAGUUUAAAAGGAUGGUAUGGGUGCCAUGGGGUGGGAUCCUUUCUGAGGAGCAACGAAUUCAUAAGUCCUUUUCUGUGAAGUGUGUUGUAUGGUACUGCCAGUAAUCUAAAACUGCAUUAUCUAUUAAGACUAACUACUGAGUCACCUGAUAAAACCGUCAUUUAAACAGAUGGCUACAAUUCCAGUAGUAUUCCGUUUGU